AAGCUGCACUGCACCAGCUGGUUUUGUUGUUGGAGCUGGUGGGAUUUUUCUCAUUGCUGUCUGAAGUGAUUCGUGUGACUGGUUGCGUUGGAUUAAAGAAUGAAGCGGCAAAAUGUCCGAACCUUAUCGUUGGUGGUGUGCACAUUUACAUAUUUGCUGGUGGGAGCAGCAGUUUUCGACGCCCUUGAAUCGGACACAGAGGAAAAGCGUCACCAGGUUACUGAUGAAAUGAGGAGCUAUUUCCUGGAUCGUUACAACAUCAGCGACCCCGAUUACAAACUUAUCGAGACGGUUAUCCUCGAAAGUAGACCACACAAAGCCGGUCCUCAAUGGAAAUUCUCUGGAGCUUUCUAUUUUUCUGUAGUUGUCGUCGCGUUAAUUGGAUAUGGACAUUCGACACCAGCAACUCUAAGUGGAAAAGCAUUUUGUAUCGCUUACGCCAUGAUUGGUAUACCGCUGGGUAUUUUCAUGUUCCAAAGUAUCGGCGAGCGUUUAAACAAGUUAAUCUCAAUCCUGAUUCGUAACGUCAAAGCCAUCUGCAAGCUAAAAAAGACAGAAGCUACCGAAAUUGACUUGAUGGCUGUCACAGGUUUCCUGUCUUCGUUGAUCCUUAUGACAGGAGCAGCUGUUUUCAGUCGGUACGAAGGAUGGACGUACCUCGACAGCUUUUACUACUGUUUCGUCACGUUAACAACUAUCGGAUUCGGUGACUUUGUUGCCCUACAAAAUGAUAGGGCUCUGACGAACCGGCCUGGUUACGUAGCCUUCUCUCUAGUUUUCAUCUUGUUUGGAUUGGCAGUUGUGGCCGGUUGCAUGAAUUUGCUUGUAUUGAGGUUCAUGACGAUGAACGCUGAAGAUGUCAAACGAGACGAUGCUCUAGAAGUUGCCUCCUAUCGUGGCGGGCUAAGUCUAGACGGCGAUACAAUCAACUUCACUAAUGGAUUCAGCACAGGAAAUAAGUUUUCGGCUGCCAGUGAGAUUAAAGGGCCAGAUAACGCAUUCGAAUCUGAUCAGGUCUCGGUCUGUUCGUGCACAGGAUGUUCUUGCUUUGGCAAUAGAACGGCAAACCUUUUUGGCUUCAACGAUGAUAAUUUCUCAAUUACCAAAACAAACAAAGGACGAAAAAACAGUUGGGCAAUGCAGAUUCAUGUUCAGGAAAAGCAUCGUAUUUGGCGAUACCCAAAUUGGCGACGACGGAGCUCUUCGAUCAACCGCAGUGGAAGUCGUUUAUCUUCCCGUCUCACGUUUGGAAUCGAUUCCGUCUGGGGCCAACAGGACACCCGACCUCUUCCCCGUCCGAACCGAAGUCGUGACAUCAACGACGUUUACAAUAAUUUCAAAAGUGAAUUUUGUUUUAAUGGUAGAGAAAAACGAGCCUCAAUUUAAUUAAAUGUCAAAGAUGAAGGAAUAAUUGUAUAAUUCUUAUGUAAUCGAGCGCAAAUCUAAGGAGAAGCACCAUAAAUCAAAUUAUCUUUGGUUACUGUUUAGCAGAAGUGAAAUAAAGCAAUUGCAUCUGA